AUGGCAACGUUGAAGGAGAUCAAGGUCACGGUACUCAAUGGCUCGAACUACGCUCGAUGGAGAGUCGAAGUGGAGGACGUCUUAACUGGAGAAGGCGUGUGGAGCAUUGUGGAUGGAAGCAACAAGAUGCCAAGAGAUGAUCCAGCAGACGAAAAGAAACAUGCCGCGUAUAAUAAAUGGAUAUCCGGAGACGGAAAAGCGAGGAGCAUUUUGCGAGCGACGCUCGACGACGUCACCUUUAACCAGUGGAAGGAUAACGACGACGUUAACACCUUCAUGUCAACGCUGCACGUAUUGGCAUCGAAGAUCGACGCCUGUGGGAAAGCCGUGAAAACCAGCGAUGAGUGGCUGAUUUCAAAAACACUGUCCAGCCUGCCAGUUGAAUACGGACCCUUUGUGGCAUCGUGGAACAUGAUGGCCGGCCCCGAUCCGAAGAUGAGUGUCUUCCGUGAAAAGCUGAUGUUAACUGAGCAGAUGAUCAAGAGCCAAGAAGAAAACCGAGGAUAUCCUAAAGGACCUUUCGGAUCAGCGUAUCCGAGUUUUAAGUUAUUGGGCUACCAUUACACCAUUACAAUACUGUAG